AUGGGCUGUGUUAGUUCUCAAGCUACUGUUCCAAUAGAUGAUAUUAUCAUUUCAAUCUUUGGUAUAGAUAAUGCUGGUAAAACCUGUUUGUUACGUUCUCUUGCCGGCAAUUUCGAAUUUGACUGUGUACCAACUGUCGGUCUUGGCCAGGAGUCGUUUAUGUACAAUGAUAUCAAGCUCACAGUAUAUGAUUUAGGUGGUAACGCCAAGUUUAGGUCAGUUUGGGAGCGUUUUUACGCUGCAACAUGGGGAUUUAUUUGGGUCGUAGAUGCAAGUGAUGAAGCAAGAAUCAAUGAAAGCAAGGAAGCCUUACACAAGAUGAUUCAACACGAAUUUCUCAAGACAAAGCCAUUUAUUGUCGUGGCCAACAAGCAAGAUAAGGAAGGAGCCAUCAAAGCCGCUGAUUUGAAGAAGCGCUUAGACCUUCCAAAGAAAAUCCAAGUCGUUGAUGCAAUUGUUACUCAACCAAAUAUAGAAGAAAAGAAACCUAACCCUGGUGUUAGCGCAGCCCUCGAUCUACUCAUCAAUACAAUCAUCGCUGAUUAUCCUAAGCUUGCCUCAAAGAGACAAGUUGAUCUUAAGAAACAAGAAGAAAUUGAUCAGCGCGAAAAGGAAGAAAAGAGAGCAAGAAUCGAAAAGGCUCGCGCAGAACGUGAAGCGAAGGCAGCCGAAGAAGCAAAGCAGGCAGAUGCAGCUCAAGCUCAAUGA